ACAAUCAGUUCUGCCUUUUGUCUUCAAUGACAUCAUGGGCUUAGAAUCCGGAAAGGCACAGGGAGCUCAACCAGAAGACAUCGCCAAAGCCCUCGAGGGCCUCCUUAAGGAAGGACACAAUUUCAAUCCAGCUGUUCCUGAUAACAACGAGGACAGAAGUAAUACAAGCCCUGAGGAUCAGACAUACUGCCUGGUCUACGUCAUAGCAGCUGACAAGGUAUCAAUGAUGAAUCAAGAUGUCUUCGAAAAGAUUAAAGAUAUUAGACAGAAGGCCAGCACACUGGAAAUUCCUCAGGCAAUCAUCAUGACAAAGGUGGAUGAAGAAUGUCCUCUAGUCCGAAAAGAUCUAAGAAAAGUCUACACUAGCAAGAAGAUAAAAGAGAAGGUAAUUAUCGGUCCUCUCUGUUCUCUGUGGUGUCAGUCCUCUGGCUCUUGUUUGUAGUUUGGUUUAACAGUCUAGAACAGGGAUGUCCAGACUCAGUGCUGCAGAGUUUAG